UCCCAAAGGCUAUAGUGGCUGCAGUGAUAUGUUGUCCAAACUUCAUAGGCUAUAAUUUUGAAAGGAGUUAAAAGUAACUGGACCGAACUUUGCUUUGACGACUGUUUCGAAAUCCACUCUUCCCAGCACCAGGACAGCCGAACAGCACGCGGGUGUAGCUGGCAGCGCGCGAGGGUGCGAGUUGCGCGCGGAAUCCGGAUGUGAUGAAAAAUGUUUCAGUCGAACUUUCUUCAGCGAAGUAGCAAACCCAGCGUGAGCGGUGGGACAUAGUAGCAGUGACUGUUUACAGUUCAUCCACUGAGAAUACACGGCGCUGGAAUUGGGAUUUAUCGUCGUUACACGCUUUUAUCCCUUUCGUCUCGGGAACAUAACUCAAGAAAACUGCGGAGGGAACCCCGCGCUCUAGUUUGGAGUGGACUGGAAUAACUCGGAGCCCGGAGCGAGGGAGUUGACAUGUUUGAAAGGCUUGGCGGGUGAUAAUAACACAGCGCAAGAAGGGGAGACAUUUUCGCCAGCGUGUAGUGUGUGGACAAGGAGGCUGUCUCAUGUCUGCGGAGACAGUCUUACCUCCGGAAGGGCCUGCAGGGCCAGAGUCUGACCUGCAACAGGAGACGAGUCGUCUUCUGCCUUCCACCACUGAAGGCGUGUGCAACAAUGACAGUUGUGAUUCACCAGACGCCACAUCAACAAGCAGAAGCCGGUCGUCUGGGCAACCAGUGUCCGGCGGAACACCAGGCCAUGUGACAUCGGCAGGCCACGCCCUGGACAACCUUGUCAGAACCCAGCCCCGACCCCUGCCACCGCUCAGCACAUCCUCCUCCACUGACAGCGGCAGCGACGCCGGACGCUUCCAGAAUGGCCUCCCCGUCACCAUGGGCAACAGCCACAGUGGCAACAGCAGCAGUGGCACCAGCAGCAGCAGCGGUGGCGGCGGCACUACGCGGCACCCCAACCCACUGCCCUCCUCCGCCACAGUCCACCAGUCACAGCCCUCCAACUGCCCUCACGCCAACCCAGGCAGCCAAUCGAAACCCUCCCACUGCCCACACGCCAACCCCGGCAGCCAAUCGCACGCUCCGAACUGCCCGCAUGCCGCUUCGGCGGCGGCGGAGCCUCGUAAGCAGCACCCCUCCCCCGUCUCUCAGAAGAUGCAGAGGAAGCUGAGGUCGAGCCUGUCGGUCAACUCGGACAGCAGCCGCAAGAGCAAAGGGAGUUCUACAGGGUCACACAAGCCUGGCUCGUCACCGGAGGACUGCUGUGUGCACUGCAUCCUGGCGUGCCUCUUCUGCGAGUUCCUGACCCUGUGCAAUAUGGUGGUGGCUCAGGCCUCGUGUGGGACGUGCACAUCCGAGGCGUGCUGCUGCUGCUGCUGUGCGGACGACCUGGGCGACGACUGCAACUGCCCCUGCGACAUGGACUGCGGCAUCAUGGACGCCUGCUGCGAGUCUUCCGACUGCCUGGAGAUAUGCAUGGAGUGCUGCGGCAUCUGCUUCCCCACAUAAAAGGCACCUUAGCUGGGGGAGACGGGGUACUGGGAGUGGGCCCCUUCCCAUCCUCCAUACCUGUGCGUCCCCACAUAAGAGGCGGCCUAGCUGCGGAAAACUAACCUGACGCUCGUGACGGCAAGUCUCUUCGAGACUUUUGGUCUGGCCAGGGAAACCAUCUGCAACACGUCUCUGUGGGAGAUGAAAAAGGGGUGCGUCUAGCUUGUGUUCAUGAAAUGCCUACGUCCGGAUGCUAUUGUUUGAAGCUUUAUUUCAUUUGGCCAGUGGUUUGUAGUGCUCAAAAUUGAUUGGUUCCUUUUUUCGAUGGGAUUUAAAAUGUUGUAGAUGGUUUGCCUGGCCAGACUUGAGUGUCAAUAACACUUACUGUCAUGAUAGCCAGGCUAUGGGGAGAAUGGGCCUCAGACCUCAGCUCAGCGAUAUGCUGUACAAGAGGAAGAUAUGCGUACCUAUGUGGGAGACUAUGGAGGGAUCCAGAGAGUGCUUUAUUGCGUGUGUGUGUGUGUGUGUGUGUGUGUGUGUGUGUGUGUGUGUGUGUGUGUGUGUGUGUGUGUGUGUGUGUGUGUGUGUGUGUGUGUGUGUGUGUGUGUGUGUGUGUGUGUGUGUGUGUGUGUGUGUGCGCGUGCGCGUGCGCGUGCGCGUGCACAUGUUUAGUUUUUCAACUACAAAACCAUCUCUUCAGACCCUCAAAACCAUCAACAUCUCCAUGUACUCUCUACCAUUGCCAAUCCAACAAAGACUCAAGAAGCAAAAUCAUAAGUAUAUUCAAAGUAUAGAUAUAUCACAUAAAAAAUGCAUUUACUGUUGUAUGUCUAAAUAUGCUAUCUGAUGCUUAACACCAUACAUUGCCUUUUUAUCAUGUUCUUUUGUCAUAUUUUUAACUGGAUCAUUUCAAUAUGUUCUACCUACAGUGCCAAAGAAUUUCUAUGGAGCCGUGUUUUCAAUCUAUGAAAUUAUCUGUUACAUUUAGUAGUAGUAGUUCGCUUACUUAUUCAUAUACACUAUAGGAUCAAUCUUUGUUUUGUUUUUUUCCUGAAUUAUGUGGUUACAAACUGUUGACAGAUCACUAAAGCAACACUAAGAAGAUCUUAUGACAUUUAAAUUUGAAUUUCCAGAAUUGCAUUAGUCACCUGUGAAAGGGUGAAAAGAACCUCUGAAUUGAACUUGCCGUGUUUCAUGAACUUCAAUCGCUCUAUGGAACGGGAACAGAACAUCUCUCUCUCUCUCUCUCUCUC